AAUUGCCUUUAGUCUAGCUUUUCCACCCCUCAGACGAGCGCACGGGUUAUCAUCCAUCCGACAAGUAUCUUCUUGCCAUUGCCUGAACAGUCCAGUCUAAAACCCAUUGAUUUGACUAUUGUGGGCACUGAGUAAGCGAGUUGGAUUAAUAGGCGCCUCGAUCAGCAUCCCUAUUUUGAUUAGAGCAAUUUGUGGCGUCGCAGUUCUUUUGUCCGAAGCCGAAGAAUCGCCUAAUGUGGAAUCAAUACUACCGUUUGGGUAAUCCAAACGACUGCACCAGAAUAGAUUCUGAAAGGGCAUGCUCCUGUGCGGUGAGCUACGUGGCUCUCUCCGUUUGAAUUAUCACGUAAAUAGCUAUUUGGGCGGCGAGCUAGCAGACGUAUCACCAUACAACAAACUGCUGGCGCUGACGCGUGGCAUGGCAGCAGUGGCCGCUAUUCAGCACUCUCAAGACGCUGAGGACGUCUUUCUCGAAAAUGGUCUUCUCAGUUACGAGAACCCCAACUACCACUUGGGACCGUCGAAUCGAAUUGCAGACGCUUUGAAUUCCAACACGGAAAAACUGUACGAAGGCAUCUAUCAGGAGUUGGACGAUAUCUGCAAUAUGGGCGGCCAUACAGGGAGAAGUUCGGUGAAUGUAACGGCUGGCAGGAAAGCGUAUGCGGCUCUGGAUGUGGAGUCCAUGGGUGUGGAUGUUAAUUCUGGAGCGUUAGCCCCGACCAAUACUGUGGAUAAUCGAAGGGAUAUUGAGUGGAAUGGAAACACUGAUACCAUUGAAAGGGACAAAAAUAAUAGCACAACUAUUUGGGACAAUAUAUGUCACACGAUGGCCACUCAAAACUCAGAUCUGAUCCCACAUAUAGUGGGCGGGCUCAAUAACGACCUCUACGCCAUUCCAGUGAAGAAGUUCAGUAAAACGUCCCCGCCCGAAAAGUGCAAUGAAAUCCUCAGCCCUGACCAGGAAUGGGACAGGGACAAAAUCAUCCUACCACCCGGAUGGGAAAAACAUGAAGAUAAUGAUGGCCCCUAUUACUGGCACAUUAAGAGCGGCACUAUUCAGCGGGAAAUGCCGCUUCUGGAGUCGGAAAAGGAAAAGUCCGAUUGCAAGUCGAGCUUCAAGGAGAGCGAUUUCAUAUCAUCCUUCGAGUCCAGCAUGACGGUCACCAGAAGCAGCACCAGUUCGGCUCUGGACUUGGAUGCUGACGAUAGGAAGCGGAAGGAAGAACUAGCUUUAAAGAGAAGAAGUUAUCCAUCGAAACCAGAACAGGACGUUAAAGAACGACCCAUUCGUUUCGCUGUUCGUUCCUUGGGAUGGGUGGAAAUAGCAGAAGACGAUCUGACUCCUGAGCGUAGUAGCAAAGCUGUAAAUAAGUGUAUAGUCGAUUUAUCCUUAGGCAAGAAUGAUCUGUUGGAUGUAGUUGGUAGAUGGGGAGACGGCAAAGACUUAUUUAUGGAUCUGGACGAGGGCGCUUUGAAGCUUUUCGAUCCGGAAAAUCUCACCGUGUUGAAUACCCAGCCAAUUCACACGAUUCGAGUGUGGGGCGUCGGUAGAGACAACGGCAGAGAAAGGGAUUUUGCUUACGUUGCGAGAGACCGCACUACUCGAAAGCACAUGUGCCAUGUGUUUCGAUGCGAUAUGCCGGCACGUACAAUCGCCAACACUCUCAGGGAUAUUUGCAAGAAAAUCAUGAUUGAAAGGAGCCUGCAGCAGAAUCUGGGCAAAGCCAUUGUAGACUCAAAUGGGAGGAGCGUCGCGACUCGGCCUUGCAACUUACCAACUGAGCAUCGACGACCUGCUAGAAACAGUCAGAUUUUUGUUUCUCAGUCGUUUCCCACUCCUAUGGAGGAGCCCAAGAAAGUUCUUCGCGCCCAAUACCUCGGAUGCACACAAGUCAAUAAUGCAACUGGAAUGGAAGUUUUGAAUGAUGCUAUCGAAAGACUGGUAACUGCAGUGACGCCAGAUAAGUGGCAGGCUGUUAACAUAUCCAUCGCGCCUUCGAUGAUUUCCGUUCAUCAUCCUACCGAUGACCGUUUAUUGGCCGAAUGUCGAGUAAGGUAUCUCUCAUUCCUAGGUAUAGGAAAAAACAUCAAACAUUGCGCUUUUGUGAUGCACACUGCGCAAGAUACGUUCAUGGCUCACGUAUUUUAUUGCGAGCCUUCUUCAGGCGCUCUAUGUAAAACAAUAGAAGCAGCUUGUAAGUUGAGAUACCAGAAGUGUCUGGACGCUCAUCCGCAAGGCUUGGGCCAUUGUAGCAGCAAUGUGAACACGCCUGGCAGCAGUAUCGGAGCAGCGUUGAAAUCAAUUGUUGGUUCACUUAGGGGACGAAAAAGCAAAAGUGCUGACUCUUGAGAUACGGAAUUGCCCACAUUACAGCCGUUAAAGGGAAUUAAAGUUUCCGCCCAAAGAAAAGCCAACCCUCUGUAGAGGGUCAGCUACCCCUCACUUUCACCUAGAGGCACCUUCAAGCUCGCUGAAAUAUUCAUAUUGGUGAUGUGGGAAUGGAGUCAUUAACCUACUCAAUAUUGCUAAAUUUAACUGGAAUCUCAUUUACCUGAAAUCACUCUCUCAUCAAAUAGUCGAAUAUUUUCUCUGAAGGUGAUUAACACGUAAAAAACAACUAAUAUCGCGGCAACAGUAGUUGCCGUUCUAUUUUAGCUUCUUUCGUACUAGUUGCACUUGUCACUUGGAAGCUAUCUCUAAAUGUAAACUAGUUGUAGUGUCGCGUGUCUCUAAAACAAUCCCAAGACUAGUCAAAUGCAGCUGGUGCUCCAAUAUGAGCUUUUGCACGUUUCCAGGGUACGAUUUGUAUUCAUUUAUAACUCGAUUCACUAAGUUAAUUUAGAGAAGGGUGUUGAGCAGUUUUCUGCGCAAAUAUAUGCGACAGUCGUCGAGAUGUUGCUGCAAACCUGCCAACUUCUUUGCAAGUUGCAAAGUAUUCUACGGCUAGCUAAGUAAAUACGUGUACAUACUGCAUACAUGUUAAGUUUAAAUGAUGAGUACCAAGAGGCAUUUAAUAGCAAAUUCUUGUAAAAUUCCUCUCUCAGUAAUAAAUAGGUGUAAGUAGACCGUAGUUUACAACUAAGACAACGUACGUAAAGUAUUGAACUUAAGUGGGACUAAAUUAUACAACAAACUAAAUCACUUCGCCAUCAAUGUGCAUUAUUAAAUCCGUUUUUAAGCAGGCGAGUCUAACAGAUAUGCAGCGCUUUCUGCCAUAUAAAUAUUUUAAUUAAAACGCUUAGUUUCAGCAUAAGUUUUGCUUGAAGUUGUUAGGCACGCCUACUGUAUAAAGAGCUUUUCUAGCCAAAUUGCAAUGUAGGCAUAUUGGAUAAUGUUAUUUUUAUAAGCUUGUAAUGCUUGUAUUACCAACAAUCAGCAAAACACCCAGUAUACUGAUCGACACUUAUUGUUCAACGUGUACGACUUAGUAAUCUUUGCAGUAGACGAAAUAAACCUCGGGAUUUGUGCAAUAUAUUCGCCAAUGUCUAAGAUUACAUUACACUACAGUCAAUGUAUCCUACACUAUCACAAUAAAUCAGUAAUUUAUUUUAAUAAAAUAGCAAUCGUUUCCUUGAUAGUAGAUGUUCGUCAACCACGCUGCGGUUAUAUUUAGUUGUACCAAAUAAAUAUAAAAAUCGCAAAAAUAGCUGACAACUAAACUUAACAUUUGUGCUUACAGAUUAUAAGAUAAUAUGUAUAAGAUGUGUUAUAAUGCUUUCCUCGUAAGGUAAGACUAAUAUUGUUAAUAAGAUAAGCACCAAUAAUUCUAUGAACGAUUUCAAAGAUCAUUCUCAAUGGGUAUGUAAAUAUUGAAAUUUCAAAACGCUACUAAGACUGCUUGAAAGUCCUUUAUAUCUGCUUAGUGAAGGCAACAAAUAAAAAUAAUUUUUUAUUA